GAAACGAUGAAAACAAUUUCAAGUAAAUGAUGGAAGAUAGCGAGGAAAUAAUCGAAGCCACGGAGUAUCUUUUUGAAAGCGAUAUGAUGACAACAUCAACUCCUAAAGAGUUAAGAGAACCAAAGGGUGCACUGCGCAAAAAAUUUAAACUGUCUGUGGACUACAAUAAACGAUUUUCUGAAGCCUCUACUUCUCUCCCUUCACAAACUUGUAGAACUUCAAACGAUGACAUAAUACAGGUACUGGAACUCAUUCUUCAAAAACAAAACGAUUUCGAGGCGCGGAUGGACAGAUUAGAGGAAAGGAUACCGGAAAAGCACGAAGUGAUGGCUCAACACAAGGUGAUGCGCGAGUCCAAAGUCUUGAUUAAAAGGGUUCACAAGCUAGUGUGUCGCAUAAGUGGCGAGGCUGAAAACGACAUGCACACCGAGUUCGCUUCUUUGAUGCCCUUCACCACAAUUGAAUCAAUUUUUGAUAUGGAGGAAAAGUUGAAAGCAGCUGAAUAUGAAGAAGCUAUGAAAACAUACUUAUUUACCCUUAAAGGGACCUCUGGUGACAUAGGCCCCGUUAUGAAAAAAGUUUUCUGUGACGAAGUAAUUUAUAAAUUUAACUGGGAUGGCAGAUGUGGAAAAAAGGCCCUAAGAAAGCUAAAACUGGUCCAUGAUGUUUUAUUUGAUACUUUUAUAAUCAAAGGGCGAAUCGAUUUCGAAAGGGAAAUAAAAAAAUUCGUCGAACAGAGCCACAACCGAUUUAAACAAAGGAGAUAUUUAGACAAAAAGCAACAAGGCAACAAUUUCCAAAUUAAACAUUUAAGUAUUACUAAUUAAUGUAUAAGUAUUUAAGAGUUUUAUAAAUAUGUAAAUCUUAUAAAUA